ACUAGACCUUAAUAUUAAGAAAACUGAAUUCAUGGUUGUCAGAACUGCAAAUUUAGAUCCCGAGGCACUAAUGGCAGGUAGCGAAGAGAUCCAGAGAGUCAACAGAUUUACUUACCUCGGAACUAUUCUCAACUCACAAUGGGACUACGCUCAAGAGAUUAGAUCCCGAAUUUAAAUCGCACGGUCUACAUUUAUCAAGUUGAGAUCCUUGCUGUACUGCAGUGAUCUCAGUUUGGGAACCAAGAUGCGGAUAGUGAGGUGCUACAUUCUUCCAGUGUUACUAUAUGGAGUUGAAGCCUGGAAACUGACGAAAGCCACAGAAAAACGGAUUGAAGCUUUCGAGAUGUGGAUCUACAGAAGUAUACUAAAAAUAUGGUAUGUGGACCAUGUCGCCAACGUUGAGGUCCUACAGCGCAUUAGAAAAGAUAUAGAAGUGCUUAAUUUAGUGAAACAAUAAGAAGAACGUAAGCUUGAGUACCUCCAGCACGUGAUGCGGAACGAAGAAAAAUAUCGAAUUCUUCAA